CAGCCGCGGGCGGACUCUGCCGGGCUGGGGACGCGGACCCGGCAGAGCGCAGUGCCCCGGCCGGACCCGCGAUGGUGCUGCUGGCGGCGCCCGGGCCCUCGGAGGGCGGCGGGGCGCGCUGCCUGUCCUCGUCCGCGUCCCCGCCCUGGGAUGCGCCGGUGGCAGAAGACCCUGCGGACCACGAGGAGGACUUCGAGGACUUCUGCCGGCCCGAUGCCCGCAGCGUGGCCGCGGACGACGCCUUCUACCCACCGGGGCGCGGCGAGCAGCGGGGCGCAGCCGUCCCCGAGGGCGCCCCCGAGCCCGUCCCGGUGCCCGCGGGCGCCACCCUGCUGCGCGCCGCCGGCGCCAACGACGCGGGGCUGCUGCGAGCGCUGCUGCGGCGGGGGCUGAGCGCCGAGGACGCGCGGGAGGCCGACCGCCACGGCCGGACCGGCCUUAUUGUCGCCUGCUACCAUGGCUUUGUGGACACCGUGUUGGCCCUGGCAGAGUGUCCCCAUGUGGAUGUCAACUGGCAGGACAACGAGGGGAACACGGCUCUGAUCACGGCCGUGCAGGCAGGCCAUGCCACCAUCACCAACUACCUGUUGAACUACUUCCCGGGCCUGGACCUGGAGAGGAGGAAUGCGUUCGGCUUCACGGCCCUGAUGAAAGCUGCCAUGCAGGGCCGUACCGACUGCGUCCGAGCCCUGAUGCUGGCAGGAGGCUGCCAGUUUCCAGACUUGAGGACGAGAGCUCACUCUCGCUUGAAGUGCGGUCAAUUGCUGCAGCCUCUGCAAAGAAAAACAAGCAAAGAAAACCUUGCAUCUUGCUGCCACGCCAGGGAAGCGAGGGAUGAGGAAGGCGAGGAGGCAGGGAGCAGCCCUCUGCUGUUGAUCUUCGGUCGGUCUCGUCCUGGGCAAGCCCGGACCGAAGCCUCCUGGAAAACCAGGGGCAGAUGUCCAGGCCCGGGACCCCAGCCGCGGGAUGUCUGCGCAGGAGUGGGCCGCGUACACAGGCCGGGUGGAGGCCGUUCGCGUCAUGCAGAGGCUGCUGGAGCGACCCUGCGCGGAGCAGUUCGGGCCCAAGUACAAGCCCGAGCUGCCGCCGGCCCCCGAGGCCUUGGGGAAGCCCGCGCGCUCCCGGAACUGCCUGCGGCGGCUCUCCGAGUUCCUGCGGUGCGCGCUGCGCCCCCGCUCGGGCCGGGGCCCGGACCCGGAGGACGGGGGCGUCCUGGACCACGUGGUCAGGAUGACCACGAGCCUGCACAGCCCCGCCGUGGCCAUCGUGUGCCCGGCCGCGUGCCCCGAGGACCCGCCCUGCGUGGGGAGCAGGCGACUGGCGGCGCAGGAAGUCCCGGCGGCCGGGGGGGACCCGCGCGCCCCUGCCCGGGAGACGGCUGUGGGCGGCCCCAGGCCCGCGCCCGCCCCGCGGAAGGGCGGCCUCCUGCCCCUGGCCCUGCCCCUGCGGCGCGGAGCAGCGGUGCCCCGGGUCCGCGUCAGCAGGGCGCCCGCGCCCACCUUCCGGCCCGAGCGCGCGGCGCGCAAGGCCAGCACCACGGACAGCGCCCACCUGCAGCUCCCCAAGUGGCGCUACAAGGAGGCCAAGGAGGAGCGGCGGCGCGCGGGCGAGGCUGACGCCGAUAGGCGGCGCCUGGCCGAGGCGCAGGAGAGGCGGGCGCCGCCCUGGAGGAAGCGGACGUGAGGGGCGGCCAGGGUUGCGGGCUGAGAGCUCCGGCCCCGCUGCACGCGGCCUGCCUGGAACCGGGGCUCAGCGGCCCUUGCGCUGGCAGGGAACUCAUGCAAAGCCUUCCUUGAGAGAGCUUCAGCCCGCACUUUUUAAAACUAAUUUAUCAAAGGGUGUGUUUUACAAAAUUUUGUACUUUCACUCCUUAUCAAAUUCGCAGCAUUUUACAAGGGGCAGGGGUCUCUGUGGUUAAGGCAGUUUUAAUACACGCGUCCCCAACCCCCUUGUUUAAGUGCUGUUUCCAGCAGCGAGUGUUGUGACUUCGGGGCGUUCUCCCCAUUUGGUGGCUGGGCUUGGCCUUUGCUGACCCCGCUCACGUUUGUCGGAUGCAGGUGUCCCGGGUUUCUCCUUUAGUUCGGUUAAGUGAUGCUGAGGGUGUUUUCUCCUUCGAGGGAGACGUUGACUCACUGCAAAAUAAUCGAGUGAGGCAGGGGCCCGAGUCCAUUGCGUUUCAUUUUAAAACUCUCUUCUUCAUACAGUAAUUGAAAUGAAGAAAAACUGUCAAAUCACCAUGAAGCAAUACAUAAAUAAACAUGCAUUUAUG